AGGUAUUGCCUAGCAGAAAACCAUGGGCAAUUUCAAAGGGCAUGCCCUCCCUGGAAGCUUUUUCCUUCUUUUUGGCUUGUGGUGGUCAGUGAAGUAUCCACUGAAGUACGCCUGUCGAAAAAACAAGAACGCUUGCUACCUUGGUUCCAGAGCAGGAUUUCAGCGCCUGGAGUUUGUUGAGGGGAUCAUCAAAGCUGUCUUUGCCCUGAUUGGAAUGGUGGCCGAGCAGUUUGUUCCCGAUGGACCUCAUCUGAAGUUGUAUGAUUAUGAGGAAAAGCACUGGGAUCACUUGAUGAACUGGCAACAUGCCACCAUGUACCUCUUCUAUGGCAUUUCAGGGUUGGUUGAUAUCGUGGCUCAUGGGACCAACGCAUUGCCAGUGGCCAUGGACAGGAUGAUGCUUUCCUUAGCAGUAUUUAUUGAAGGUUUUCUCUUUUGCUACCAUCUUCAUGGGAGAGCCAUGCUGGAUGUUCAUGUGCAUCAGUUAUUGCUAUUUGCUAUCUUUGGAGCUGCUGUUUGCAUAUUUCUGGAAGUUUUCUUCCGUGGCAGUAUUGUGCUAGAGAUGCUCCGUACAAGCCUCUGCAUAUUACAAGGCAGUUGGUUCUGGCAGAUUGGUUUUGUACUUUAUCCUCCAAAUGGGAGCCCAGAGUGGAAUCAGACGGAUCAUACCAAUAUGAUGUUCCUGACCAUGUGCUAUUGCUGGCAUUACGCCUUUGCUUUUCUUAUACUUGCAGUGAAUUACACAAUCGUCAGCUGGGCAGUUCGUUCAAAGGUUAAACAGUCUCAGUCCAUGGAAAUGGGGUUAUUGAAAACAUCUGAACGAGAUCAGGAGUCAGAAGAUGAAAUUUAGUAUGAAUGUGGCUUGACUAGUUUACCUGCUCUACCAUUAGGCUAAUUGAUACCUCAUUUCUAGAUUUGUUUGCCAUCUUAUUCAUUCUUUUCUACAACUUGCUAUGCAAAUAUCACCACCCGAGUACUGUCUACAUCUACACAGUUACAUCUUUAUUUGCGGAGGGUAAGCUUGGUAUCCAUUUGUGGUGUCAACUGGUACCUUGCUUAUCACACACUUCAAAGAAAAUCAGACUAAUGUUAGACACACUUGGACUGGAUGAGGUGGCAUGAUGAAGUCUGUGUGUUUGCCUCAUUAAAAGCUAAGCAAAAUGUUUUCCAGCUGCUGCUGAAUGGACUGUUAAGUUUCCAUAAUUAGGGUGUCCAAAUAAGCAUGUUUGUUGCCCUGCAAGUAACUGUGCAUAAGUAACUCUGCAGACCUGGAAAACAGUAGAACAAGACAAAAAAAUCAGAGUCUUGCGGCUGUCUUGUAUAACACCUUCGUGUCUCUGCUUGUGGCUUUAUGUUAAAUGGAAAGAACCACUCACU